GCACUGUCACGGAAUGGCAUCUGAAGCGAAAAGCUUCGUGAGGAGAGAUCGUCUUCUGGAGAUUGAGGCAGCGGCACGAACGUGGUGGGAAGAAGAAGGAGUAUUCGUGGCUGAGUCUCGUAAAGAUCCUCCAAAAGCAGGAGAGAAGUUCUUCUCAACUUUCCCUUUCCCGUAUAUGAAUGGUUAUCUGCACAUUGGGCAUGCCUUCUCACUCUCCAAGGUUGAUUUCGCUUCUGCUUACCAUAGACUGAGAGGCGCUAACGUGCUCCUUCCCUUUGGCUUCCACUGCACUGGCAUGCCGAUUAAGGCUUCUGCGGAUAAGCUUUCCCGCGAGAUGCAGCAGUUUGGGAACCCUCCUGUGUUCACUGACACUAAACAAGCUCCAGAAGCUGUUCAGGAAGAGAGUGAUACAACACCUGCUUUGCCGGAUCAGUUCAGGGGAAAGAAGUCGAAGGUGGCUGCGAAAUCCGGUGGACAGGUUUAUCAAUGGGAGAUUAUGCGCAGCUUUGGCCUCACUGACACUGAGAUUGCAAGGUUCCAAGAUCCCUAUGAAUGGUUGUACUACUUUCCACCACUGGCUGUUGAAGAUCUCAGGGCAUAUGGAUUGGGCUGUGACUGGAGAAGGUCGUUCGUUACCACUGACGUUAAUCCUUUCUUCGACGCCUUUGUGAGGUGGCAGAUGCGCAAGUUGAAAUCUAUGGGGAAGAUUGUGAAAGACCGUAGGUACACCAUCUUCUCGCCUUUAGAUGGACAGCCUUGUGCUGAUCACGACCGUGCCACUGGUGAAGGUGUCCAGCCUCAAGAGUACACUCUUAUCAAGAUGGAAGUAGUGCAGCCCUUCCCUCUGAAGCUGGGUCCUUUGGAAGGAAAGCGAGUGUUUCUUGCUGCAGCUACUUUGAGGCCCGAGACCAUGUAUGGACAAACAAACGCAUGGGUGUUGCCUGAUGGGAAAUACGGAGCUUAUGAAAUCAGCGAAACUGAUGUCUUCGUCCUUACUGAGAGAGCUGCACUCAACCUUGCCUACCAGAACUUGUCAAAGAUCCCUCAGAAUCCUUCCUGCUUGGUUGAGCUGACCGGUUAUGAUCUGAUUGGGCUCCCUUUGAGGUCUCCUCUUGCAGUGAACGAGAUCAUCUAUGCUCUGCCCAUGUUAACCAUUCUGACAAACAAAGGUACUGGCAUUGUCACCAGCGUCCCUAGUGAUGCCCCUGAUGAUUACAUGGCUCUGCACGACUUGAAUGCUAAGCCUGCUCUUCGAGCAAAGUAUGGUGUAAAAGAUGAGUGGGUGCCCUCUGCUAUUGUUCCGAUUAUCAACAUUCCCGAGUUUGGGGAUAAGGCUGCCGAGAAGGUCUGCUUGGAUCUGAAAAUCAAAAGCCAAAAUGACAAGGAGAAGCUUGCAGAGGCUAAGAGGUUGACGUACCUGAAAGGAUUUACGGAAGGAACUAUGCUUAUUGGAGAGUUUGUUGGUAGGAAAGUUCAAGAAAUCAAGCCCAUUAUCAAGACGAAGCUCAUAGAGUCUGGCGAGGCAAUUCUAUACAGUGAACCAGAGAAGCCCGUGAUGUCAAGAUCGGGAGAUGAAUGUGUUGUGGCUCUUACGGAUCAGUGGUACAUAACGUACGGCGAAUCAGAAUGGCGGAAAAUGGCUGAGGAAUGCUUGUCAAACAUGAAUCUCUACUCUGAAGAAACAAGGCAUGGCUUUGAGCACACUUUGAGCUGGCUCAAUCAGUGGGCUUGCUCACGUUCUUUUGGUCUUGGAACACGUAUUCCCUGGGAUGAACAGUUCCUCGUCGAAUCCUUAUCUGAUUCCUCCCUUUAUAUGGCCUACUAUACAGUUUCCCACAUCUUUCACGACGGAGACAUGUACAAAGGCAGCAAGUCUUUGAUUAGCCCUCAGCAGAUGAACGAUGAGGUUUGGGAGUAUCUCUUCUGCGAUGGUCAGUACCCAAAAUCAUCUGACAUUCCAUCAGAUGUUUUAAGUAAGAUGAAGCAGGAAUUUGACUACUGGUACCCGCUAGAUCUUCGAGUGUCAGGAAAGGAUCUCAUUCAGAACCAUUUGACGUUCUUUCUCUACAACCACACUGCACUAAUGGCGACUCGUAACUGGCCACGUGGUAUCAGAUGUAAUGGUCACAUUAUGCUGAACUCUGAGAAGAUGUCAAAGUCAACUGGCAAUUUCAGAACACUGCGGCAGGCUAUUGAAGAGUUCUCUGCCACUGCUACAAGGUUUUCUUUGGCUGAUGCUGGUGAUGGCGUAGAUGAUGCGAAUUUUGUAUUUGAAACUGCGAAUGCUGCAAUUUUGCGGCUGACAAAGGAGCUCACAUGGAUGGAGGAAGUUCUGGCGGCUGAAUCAUCUUUGAGAACGGGCCCUGCAUCUACAUAUGCUGAUAAAGUGUUUGAAAAUGACAUGAAUAUUGCUGUCAGACUGACUGAAAAAGCCUACAAAGAUUGUUUGUUCAGGGAGGCACUGAAGAAUGGGUUUUAUGACUUACAAGCGGCUCGAGAUGAGUACAGACUCUCCUGUGGCACUGGCGGCAUGAACCAUGACUUGAUACUGACCUUUAUGGAUGUGCAAACUCGCCUCAUUGAACCAAUAUGCCCUCAGUUUGCGGAAUACGUCUGGAGGAAACUUUUGAAGAAGGAAGGCAGUGUGGUAAACGCAGGCUGGCCAGCAUCAAAUGAGCCAGAUUUGGUUCUCAAGGGUGCUAACAAGUAUUUGCAGGACUCUAUCGUCCUAAUGAGAAAGCUUCUACAAAGACAGCUCUUGGGUUCCAAGAAGGCUGCUAAGAAAGGUGCUCAAGUAACAGCCGUGGCAGAGGAGAAGCUGAAGGGCCUAGUUUACGUGAAUGAGCAGUUUGAUGGAUGGAGAGCUCACUGCCUUGGGAUCCUGCAACGCAAAUUUAACCAACAGACCCGUGGUUUUGCGCCUGAUGCAGAGAUACUUGCAGAGCUAAAGGAGAUACUGCACAAGGAUGGACAAGCCGAUGACUUCAAGCAGAUUCAGAAGCUUUGCAUGCCUUUCCUUAAAUUCAAGAAGGACGAGGCAAUAGCCAUGGGCAGUGAGGCUCUGAACUUGAAGCUGCCUUUUGGAGAGAUGGAAGUUCUCGAGAGUAACAUGGACUUGAUCAAGCGGCAACUCGGUCUUGAAGAGGUUGAGAUCUUUUCUGCAACUGACCCUGAAGAUGUUGCUAAAGCUGGUUCACAUGCUUCACUCCUCAAGCAGAAUCCUCCAUCUCCAGGCAAUCCUACCGCCAUCUUUGUUACGAUGACAUACAAAGUUACGGAUUUUCUUCCUCGUUUAUUUGAUUUGCUGUUUCUGAUUUGCGGUUUUAGGAUAAGUCAAUUGCCUCAUGAGCUUAUCUUGAGGAUAUUGUCGUCACUACCAACGAAAGAUGUUGUGGCCACAAUGGUUUUGUCGAAACGAUGGCACUUUCUUUGGACGAUGGUGCCAAGACUUUUCUACUAUGAUAUGCAAGGUCUCUGUUUAUGCAAGCUUGGUAAGAUAUGUGGUAGUGGAGAUAUUCAAGUGUGGGUUAGAGCUGCACAGAAAUGCUGCGUGCGUGAGCUGAUUAUCGAGAUUGUCACACUCCCUAGGAGCCUGUAUAAAUGCUGCCGCAUGCUUGUGACAUUGAAACUAAGUAACGCUGUUCUUGUGGAUGAUGUUGCUUCCUCGGUUUCUUUCCCGUCUCUCAAGAAACUGAGCCUUGUAUCCAUGAAGUACCCUGGUGAUGAAUUCGUCGAGAGGCUUUUAUCCGCUUGUCCUGUUCAUGAAGACUUGGUUGUGAAACGAAUACACGGUGACAGUGUGGCCAUUUUCAACAUUAUAGUGCCUUCUCUAAAGACUCUGAAUCAUGAUGCUCCUUCGUUGGAGUUGUUGGGUGUUUUUGAUGACACGGGCGGACUUUCGCCAUUAGGAGUAGUUGUGGAGGCAAAGGUUGAAGUUUCUAGUGACCAUCCUGAGCAGAUUCUGGGUUCUAUGAGUCAAGCGCCUCUGUUUAUGUGUAAAAGGACUCAUAUUCUGCUGCUAGUAUCUCCUACGGUCAAAGAUAUGCACAUGCGAGACAGAAUGGUUGAAUCUACUUAUGCAUGUGCUCAGAGAUUCCCCUAAGUUACGAUCUCUGCCGGCUUGCGUUUGACUGAAGUUACAGGUUAAGCAGCUGAGUGAGAAGAGAAGACAUCUUCAACAGUGAGUUAAGUUAGAAGUCAUCUUUGGUUGGUGUUUGGUCUUGAGAUGUUAGAAAGCUCUUAGUACUUUGUUGUGUCUUCUUUUUCCAAACAACUUUGUUAUGUUUUUUUUGGCUCCGUAGCUUUGCGUAAGGAAAUUUUAGAGAUCAUCUAUAUUAUCUUCCAUUGUUCAACAACAGCAAACUCACU